GGGAGUUCACAGGUCGAAUGCGCUGCGUGGGGCGGGGCUUCCUGAGCGAGGCCUUGGGUCGGGCGGGGAGAAAGUAGGCCGGGUCACGUGGACAGGAUGGGGGUGGAGGGGUGCGGCUGGCGAUGUGGCGUUCCCGCGGGCUCGAGCACGUGACUUGGCAGAGUGACCUCAUGCGGAAACGGUUUGGGACGCCGGCAAACUCGCCAGAAGGAGAGAGAGCAUGAGCAGGGGAGGGGCAGAGAGAGAGAGCAGGAUACAGAAUCUGAAGCAGACUCCAGGCCCUGAGCUGUCAGCAGGACGUGCAACUGAGCCAUCCAGGUGCCCCCAAAAUGAAGGUUCGGCCAGUGAUCGCUUUCCAAGGCAACCGAGGGUAUCUAAGGUUCCCAGGACCUGGCUGGUCCUGCCUCUUCUCCUUCAUAGUGUCCCAGUGUGCCCAAGAGGGCCCUGGUGGCUUGGACCUUGUGUACCAACGCUUAGGCAGAUCUGGGCCUAACCACCUACACUGCCUGGGCCCACUCAGGGAACGCCUCACUAUUUGGGCAGCCAUGGAUUCCAUCCCUGCCCCAUCUUCAGUUCAGAGACACAACCUAACUGACAGUGCCAGAGAUCCUGAGAGUUGGCAGAACAUAGACUAUUCUGAGGAAGACACAGUUUCACAGCCACAAAUGGCACUAAAAGAGGUGCCAGAUCCACUGGCAAGCAGCCAAAGACAGUCACUCCCAGGAUCCUCAGAGGAACACAUGGCACAGUGGGAAGUGAGAAACCAGACCCAUCUUCCAAACAGAGAACCUGAUCAGGCACUGCCUUCCUCAGCUAGCCAGAAACAUUUGGACAAGAAACGUCCAGCACCUGCAACCACUAGAAAACUAAAAGAAAAGAGGCUCAGAACCCUGCCUUUAGCUCCAAGUGCCCUACAAGCACUGCCCAGUGAGGACCUGCAAGAGGGAGAUUGGGAGCAAGAAGAUAAAGAUGAAGACAUGGGCUCCAGGCUGGAACACAGUCCCUCAGUUCAAGCAGAUUCUGAAUCCCCAAGCCCUGAAGAAGUACCAGAUUAUCUCCUGCAAUACACAACCAUCCACAGUGCAGAGCAGCAACAUGUUUAUGAGCAGGACUUUGAGAUGGAUUAUACUGAAUACCGCAUCCUCCAUGCUCGUGUUGGGGCUGCAAGCCAAAGGUUCAGAGAGCUGGGAGCGGAGAUCAAGAGAGUUCAGCAAGGAACUCCAGAACAUAAGGUGCUGGAAGAAAAAAUAGUCCAGGAAUAUAAGAAGUUCAGGAAGCGGUAUCCAGGUUACAGGGAAGAAAAGCGUCGCUGGCCCUAUACCGGACUUCAAGCUGUAUUACAAAGUUACAAUCAUCAAGACAGUAUGUUACUGACACAAGAACAGACACUCAGAUCAACGGAACAGAGCAGAGAACCCAGAAAUGGACCCACAAACGUAUGGCCAACUCAUCUCUGACAAAGCAGGAAAGAAUAUCCAAUGGAAUAAAGACAGUCUCUUCAGCAAGUGGUGCUGGGAAAACUGGACAGCGACAUGCAGAAAAAUGAACGUGGACCACUGUCUUACAGCAUACAUAAAAAUAAACUCAAAAUGGAUGAAAGACCUAAAUGUAAGACAGGAAGCCAUCAAAAUCCUUGAGGAGAAAGCAGGCAAAAACCUCUUUAACCUUGGCCGCAGCAACUUCUUAUUGAACAGGUCUCCGGAGGGAAACAAAAGCAAAAAUGAACUAAUGGGACCUCAUCAAAAUAAAAAGCUUCUGCACAGCAAAGGAAACAAUCAGCAAAACUAAAAGGCAACUGACAGAAUGGGAGAAGAUAUUUGCAAAUGACCUAUCAGAUAAAGGGUUAGUAUCCAAAAUCUAUAAAGAACUUACCAAAUUCAAUACCCAAAAAACAAUCCAGUGAACAAAUGAGCAAAAGACAUGAAUGGACACUUCUCCAAAGAAAACAUCCAGAUGGCCAACUGACACAUGAAAAAAUGCUCAACAUCACUCAUCAUCAGGGAAAUACAAAUCAGAACCACAAGGAGACACCACCUCACACCUGUCAGAAUGGCUAACAUUAACAACUCAGGCAACAACAGAUGUUGACGAGGAUGGGGAGAAAGGGGAACCCUUUUGCACUGCUGGUGGGAAUGCAAACUGGUGCAGCCACUCUGGAAAACAGUAUGGAGGUUCCUCAAAAAAUUAAAAAUAGAACUACCCUACGACCUGGCAAUUGCACUACUAGGUAUUUAUCUGAGGAAUACAGGUAUGCUGUUUCAAAGGGACACAUGCACCCCAAUGUUUAUAGCAGCAAUAUCAACAAUAGCCAAAGUAUGGAAAGAGCCCAAAUGUCCAUCGACAGAUGAAUGGAUAAAGAAGAUGUGGUAUACUGGGACGCCUGGGUGGCUCAGUCGGUUAAGCGUCCGACUUCGGCUCAGGUCAUGAUCUCACGGUUUGUGAGUUUGAGCCCCGUGUCAGGCUCUGUGCUGACAGCUUGGAGCCUGGAGCCUGCUUCAGAUUCUGUGUCUCCUUCUCUCUCUGCCCCUCCCCAACUUGUGCUCUGUCUGUGUCUCUCAAAAAAUAAAUAAA